AUGGAGUGCGACUUACGUCGCAUUAAAGCCGCUGAGGCACGACAUCGGAGGGUCACAUUUCCCACGCAAAUAGGCACUCUAACAGGUCGUAUUGAGCAAUCACAACUUGAAAGAGAUGUACCUGGUGAUGUCUACACAGAGCUUAUCGCUAUACAUCCAGGUGAAUAUUUGACGUUGCAAAGCGCCUUUCAUUUUAGGGUGUUACGCGGUGCUGUCGAGUUUAAUGGACAUGUAUACACUCCACGACAGAGAACAUAUACAAAGGUGCUAGUACCAUCAUGGCACCCACCGGAACGCAUGGUAUCACUAUGCGAUGGCAAUCACACCGCUGGAUUCACAGCGGAAAGAUCGGCCUCUACAUCAUGCCACGAGUGUAGGCGUAUCGUAACUCAGAAUUUCUUUGGUGGUUCAUCUUGUGCCAUCAGGGCAAGGGUUGCUGAGGACACAGCUUUGAUGGAGAAGCAUUUUAAUAUGACAAAAGCGGAGGUGAAACGAUCUCCUGAAUCCGAUGACCCAGAUAGCGAUGCUAUCAAGUUCUACGAUGCCAAGCACCCAUUUUUUAGUACUGGCACAUUGGUAUCCUUUAUCACACAUACUUGCGCAUUCGGCACAACAAACAUCAGGAAUGUAUUAGUACCACCUAUACGUACGAAGAUUACACUGCCACAGCUGAUCCAAGCGGCACGAGCGCUAUUAAAAUUAUGUACCAAAGGCGAUAGAUUACCCGUACUGAUGGUCCAUGGUGACAAGGGUGCAGGAAAAUCUACCUCUAUCAUGUAUAUAGUCAACUAUCUGCUAAACCAUGUGAACACAGUGGCACUAUUGGAUACGGAUGUCGGACAACCUAUAUUUUCGCCACCUGGUACAAUAUCGCUAAAGUUCGUUGAUCAACCAAUCAAUGCACCUCCUCAUGCGCUCCUAGCUGAAUAUAGGCCUGAUGUCACCUAUCUUAUCGGUGAUGUAAAAGUGAUCAAUCCGUCUAUGAUGUUGAGGCAUACACAUCGAUGUUUCGAAAUAUACACUAGUGCCGUCGGUGAUGACCGUAGCGUGCCUUUGGUCGUAAACACUUUUGGAUGGAUCUCCGGUAUGGGUGCCAAGCUGCUUGAAUCUAUUGCGGCAAUCACAAAAACUGGUGUCAUGUUGAAACUAAAUUCCAAGCACCUUAAAGGAGUCACGCUACCACCAAUCACUACCCACCAUGAACUGGAGAAUGUACUACGUGAGAACUUGACAAUAGCACAGGAGUCCACUGAGCCUGGAUUUGGUUUGCAAACAGAAGCUUUUCCCAUACACAGGAUCGUCGUUGAGCAGUGUGGCGCAAAACUCCCUUGGGAUACUGAUAGUUGUACUAUAAUCGAGACACUGUGUCAUUCUCAGGCACGAAAGCUUGCUGAAGAAGGGGCACAAUCACUCAAGGCAAACUGUUCAGAUGAGCCCUCUUGUUUAUUACACCUGUGGGCCCAAUUUAGUAGAAUUGGUGGCCCAGAAUCUGAGGUAGCCGGUCCAAACGAUCUACGUUGGCUGAGGGCAUGUUCUAUCCUGAACUCUAGCUUUGGUGAUGCUAUGCAUUUCCCUCAGUUAUUACAUGAGGAGUUUUUUGGUUCUAUAAAAACAACGACUUUCCGCAGAUAUGUACGAAGACCACAUUUAUUCAAAACGCCAAACCAACUCCUGCUCAUGGCGGAACGGUACUCAUUUGUCGUAAGGAUCCAUACGCCGCUACAGGGUAUUGAAGAGCUAUGCCCAUUUAUCGCCGGCACAUUUGUUGCUUUGUGUCGUGGACAUUGUGAGCACCCUAUGUCUACCGAGAUCGCUGAAGAUUGGGAAUUUAUCGCAUACGUUUACGUACAUUAUCUUAAUGCUGACGACAUGACGAUGCUAAUAUCGCACUCACAAAGGGAAACACGGGAACAGCUGUUAGCUGCUAACCUCGUGGUUGUAUGUCCGACGGUGGGACUGGACACUAUCCCUACUCGUCUAUGUCCUAAACCCAAGUACGAAUGCACAGAGGCCUCUGCAGAUCGAACAGAUGCAUUUUGGAAGCCCAGAGAGCUGUCUACAUCUCAGUUUGUGCCGUUUCGUAGGAACCACCUUUUGCACAUGAUAAACGCGCAUGGCGCCGGCAACGCUGCCGGGAAUUCAAGAAAAAACAUCAAACGACAUAAACAGGAUGUUAAAUCUGAAUAA